AUGUCUGUCAACAAAAGUAACAUACACAAUACUUCUACUACUACUACUACUACUACUACUACUACUACUACUACUACUACUACUACUACUACUACUACUACUACUACUACUACUACUACUACUACUACUACUACUACUACUACUACUACUACUACUACUACUACUACUACUACUACUACUACUACUACUACUACUACUACUACUACUACUACUACUACUACUACUACUACUACUACUACUACUACUACUACUACUACUACUACUACUACUACUACUACUACUACUACUACUACUACUACUACUACUACUACUACUACUACUACUACUACUACUACUACUACUACUACUACUACUACUACUACUACUACUACUACUACUACUACUACUACUACUACUACUACUACUACUACUACUACUACUACUACUACUACUACUACUACUACUACUACUACUACUACUACUACUACUACUACUACUACUACUACUACUACUACUACUACUACUACUACUACUACUACUACUACUACUACUACUACUACUACUACUACUACUACUACUACUACUACUACUACUACUACUACUACUACUACUACUACUACUACUACUACUACUACUACUACUACUACUACUACUACUACUACUACUACUACUACUACUACUACUACUACUACUACUACUACUACUACUACUACUACUACUACUACUACUACUACUACUACUACUACUACUACUACUACUACUACUACUACUACUACUACUACUACUACUACUACUACUACUACUACUACUACUACUACUACUACUACUACUACUACUACUACUACUACUACUACUACUACUACUACUACUACUACUACUACUACUACUACUACUACUACUACUACUACUACUACUACUACUACUACUACUACUACUACUACUACUACUACUACUACUACUACUACUACUACUACUACUACUACUACUACUACUACUACUACUACUACUACUACUACUACUACUACUACUACUACUACUACUACUACUACUACUACUACUACUACUACUACUACUACUACUACUACUACUACUACUACUACUACUACUACUACUACUACUACUACUACUACUACUACUACUACUACUACUACUACUACUACUACUACUACUACUACUACUACUACUACUACUACUACUACUACUACUACUACUACUACUACUACUACUACUACUACUACUACUACUACUACUACUACUACUACUACUACUACUACUACUACUACUACUACUACUACUACUACUACUACUACUACUACUACUACUACUACUACUACUACUACUACUACUACUACUACUACUACUACUACUACUACUACUACUACUACUACUACUACUACUACUACUACUACUACUACUACUACUACUACUACUACUACUACUACUACUACUACUACUACUACUACUACUACUACUACUACUACUACUACUACUACUACUACUACUACUACUACUACUACUACUACUACUACUACUACUACUACUACUACUACUACUACUACUACUACUACUACUACUACUACUACUACUACUACUACUACUACUACUACUACUACUACUACUACUACUACUACUACUACUACUACUACUACUACUACUACUACUACUACUACUACUACUACUACUACUACUACUACUACUACUACUACUACUACUACUACUACUACUACUACUACUACUACUACUACUACUACUACUACUACUACUACUACUACUACUACUACUACUACUACUACUACUACUACUACUACUACUACUACUACUACUACUACUACUACUACUACUACUACUACUACUACUACUACUACUACUACUACUACUACUACUACUACUACUACUACUACUACUACUACUACUACUACUACUACUACUACUACUACUACUACUACUACUACUACUACUACUACUACUACUACUACUACUACUACUACUACUACUACUACUACUACUACUACUACUACUACUACUACUACUACUACUACUACUACUACUACUACUACUACUACUACUACUACUACUACUACUACUACUACUACUACUACUACUACUACUACUACUACUACUACUACUACUACUACUACUACUACUACUACUACUACUACUACUACUACUACUACUACUACUACUACUACUACUACUACUACUACUACUACUACUACUACUACUACUACUACUACUACUACUACUACUACUACUACUACUACUACUACUACUACUACUACUACUACUACUACUACUACUACUACUACUACUACUACUACUACUACUACUACUACUACUACUACUACUACUACUACUACUACUACUACUACUACUACUACUACUACUACUACUACUACUACUACUACUACUACUACUACUACUACUACUACUACUACUACUACUACUACUACUACUACUACUACUACUACUACUACUACUACUACUACUACUACUACUACUACUACUACUACUACUACUACUACUACUACUACUACUACUACUACUACUACUACUACUACUACUACUACUACUACUACUACUACUACUACUACUACUACUACUACUACUACUACUACUACUACUACUACUACUACUACUACUACUACUACUACUACUACUACUACUACUACUACUACUACUACUACUACUACUACUACUACUACUACUACUACUACUACUACUACUACUACUACUACUACUACUACUACUACUACUACUACUACUACUACUACUACUACUACUACUACUACUACUACUACUACUACUACUACUACUACUACUACUACUACUACUACUACUACUACUACUACUACUACUACUACUACUACUACUACUACUACUACUACUACUUAUGGUCAUUAUAACAGUAAGAGGAAAUUAUUACGAUCUGAGAAAAAUCACUUAUCGUUAAGAUUUUUUGCAAGGAAAAUAAAAAAGUAUUUCUAUGCUUAUUAGCGUUUAUCAAAUAGAAUGAAAAGCAGUCCUGAAUAAUAAGUUAAUAUCUAGCACUUUCAUUGAUAUUGAUCAAGAAACAUCACUUUUGUUCAUGUUUAUUGAAAAUCAAUAGCUUGGUGGAUGACUCGUUGAAAAUUUGAAGUAAAUAUUAUUUUCAGAAGGGGUUUGCGGAGAUUUUAUAAAUUUCACUGAUUGAAAUCAUGA